AUGCAGAAGGAGUCGACUCUUCACCUUGUCCUCCGUUUACGUGGUGGCAUGCAGAUUUUCGUCAAAACCCUCACUGGAAAAACCAUAACACUUGAAGUCGAGGGCUCGGAUACAAUCGACAAUGUCAAGGCCAAGAUUCAAGAAAAGGAAGGAAUCCCGCCCGACCAGCAAAGGUUGAUCUUUGCCGGAAAACAGCUGGAAGAUGGAAGAACUCUUGCUGACUACAAUAUUCAAAAAGAGUCGACCCUCCACCUUGUCCUCCGUUUACGUGGUGGCAUGCAGAUCUUCGUCAAAACCCUAACCGGCAAGACCAUCACCCUUGAAGUCGAGAGCUCAGACACAAUCGAUAAUGUCAAGGCCAAAAUCCAAGACAAGGAAGGAAUCCCGCCUGACCAGCAAAGGUUGAUCUUUGCCGGAAAACAACUUGAAGAUGGAAGAACUCUUGCUGACUACAUUAUUCAAAAAGAGUCGACCCUCCAUCUUGUCCUGCGGCUUCGUGGUGGGAUGCAGAUUUUUGUGAAGACUUUGACUGGGAAGACGAUUACGCUGGAGGUUGAGAGCUCGGACACGAUUGAUAAUGUGAAGGCGAAGAUUCAGGACAAGGAGGGAAUACCACCCGACCAGCAAAGAUUGAUCUUUGCAGGGAAACAACUUGAAGAUGGGAGGACUCUAGCGGAUUAUAACAUUCAGAAGGAGUCGACACUUCACCUCGUGCUUAGGCUGCGUGGGGGUGGUUGCUUUUAG